AUGGUCACCUUCACCUCGCUCUUCACCGCGGCCACCGCCGUCAUCGGCGCCGUCGCCCAGAGCUCGACCGGCACCCACAACGGUUUCUACUACUCGUUCUGGACCGAUGGCCAGGGCCAGGUCAGCUACCGCAACGGGAACGGCGGCCAGUACAGCGUCAACUGGUCCGGCAACGGCAACUGGGUCGGUGGCAAGGGCUGGAACCCCGGCAGUGCCAGAACCAUCAAAUACCAGGCCGACUACCACCCCAACGGCAACAGCUACCUCGCCGUCUACGGCUGGACCCGCAACCCGCUGAUCGAGUACUACGUCGUCGAGAACUUCGGCACGUUCAACCCGUCCAGCGGCGCCACCCGCACUGGCCAGGUCACCUGCGACGGUGGCACCUACGGCCUGUACCGCAGCCGCCGCACCAACGCCCCCUCCAUCGACGGCACCCAGAGCUUCGACCAGUUCUGGUCCGUCCGCGAGAGCAAGCGCAGCGGCGGCACCGUCUCCAUGGCCUGCCACUUCAACGCCUGGUCCGCCGCCGGCAUGCGCCUCGGCUCCCAGCACAACUACCAGAUCGUCGCUACCGAGGGUUACUUCUCCAGUGGCUCUGCCACCGUCACCGUC